AUGACGGUGACGGUGAAUUUGUUUAACCACGCGAAGGCCAGCAACAUGGAGGGUCGGGUGUGGUCAGUGGAUGCUGCGACGUUUAAUGAGGUGCCCGAGGCCCAGCGCGUGCUUGCGGACUCACAGUUUUACCUCGCCUACACCAUGAAGCGACGACAUGUGCUGCGGGUGGUGAAGCGGUCCAACCUGCUGAAGGGCAGUGUGCGGGCGCAUUCAAAACCCAUCCACUCGGUGAGGUUUGUGAAUUACCGCAGUAAUGUGGCAGCAUCUGCCGGCGAGGGGGAAUUCUUUGUGUGGGUUGUGACUGACGAAACGGAGGUGAGCAGCGGUGAUACCAACCCUGCGGCCCGCCUAACGGUGAAGGUCUACUUUAAGCUUCGGAACCCUGUGACUGUCCCAUGCUUCUCUUUCUUCAUCAAUGCGGAGAGUCAGCGGCCUGAUCUGCUCGUCCUUUACGAGACGCAGGCCGCCAUUCUUGACAGCUCCUCCCUCAUUGAGCGUUUUCAUGGGGAUUCGUUGGAGGCAACACUGCAGCAGAAUUGUACCACCCUGCGAACCCUGAGCCGUCCUGUUAGUGAGAACAGUCUGUGUUCCGUAGGCUCUGGUGGGUGGUUCACCUUCACGACGGAGCCAACCAUGGUGGUAGCAUGCACGCUACGAAACCGCAGUACUCCGUCAUGGUCGUGCUGCGAGGGCGAGAAGGUCACGGCGUUGCAUCUCCUUGACACUACCGUUGAUGAAAAUGCCGCCCUGCUUGUGGCCGCCUCCACAAAGGCGGUGUAUCAAUGGCUUCUUACAGGCAUGGCAGAACCAACCUUGUUGCGGAAGUUUGUCGUGGAUGGCUCAAUUGUUGCGGUGGAGAGUUCACGAGAGACCUUUGCGGUGUUUAACGACAGAGAGCAGCUAGCCCUAGUGAGCAUGCAGUCGCCGAAUAACUUCAUCUGCACACACUACAUGAUACCGUGUCAGGUGCAACGGAACGGUUUUUGCUUUAAUCGCACCGCCGACGGCUGCUGCGUUUUGGCUGACAUGUCAAAUCGUUUAACGAUCUUUCAUCUCAAAUCCUCCCCUAGGGAAGAGCAGCAGCAAGGUCAAAAGCCGCCGGCAGUUGGGACGGGGAAACAAGAAGGUGCGUCUUUGACGCCCGACACCAGCAACACGACCACUGUGACAGAUGCCGCUGCGGCGUCUCCCACCCCGGUAGCAGCGACAGCACCUUUUUCGUCGGCACGAGCUCCGGAGCCGCGGGCGGCGAAGAAGAUUAUUGCUAAUCUAGUGAGUCAGCUGGGGCUUAACGUCUCCAAAACGAGUGUCGUCACCGCUGGAUCACCGGCCACGCUGCAGUCCACUUCACUUCAACCCGUGACGAGUGCCCCGCAGCGGACCAGCUCAUACGGGCACAGUAGUCGUCCUGUAACGGCCGGGUUGGUGGCAGCGAAUAAUGACACCAACGGGGCUCAGCCGCCACUCGUAGCUGCGGCUGAUGGGGAAGGCGAAGGAGCAACCACGGCUCGCGUCACGAGCCCUGCGACGGCGCAUGGGACACGCCCUGCGCUUCACAACUCUUCUCUUCCGCAGGCGCCAACGGAUGGCGUGUUGGCGGCGGCCGUGUAUCAGUCGGAGGAGGACGUUUCCCAGGCGGUGGCGCAGCUGAAUUCUGUUAUCACCAACACUUUGCAGGUGCUGAAGCUGCUUCCCGACACGGUUCGACGGGACCACGAGCAACUUCUAAACCUUGGCUUAGAAGCACAGAUGACGGAGCUUCAGCGGAGUUGUUCCACGCCGCCAACGCAGUCGCCAUCGCACCCGGCAGAUGCCAAGAAACCAUCUGUGUUUGAGACAUAUACCCUUGUGCUGAUUGCGGAUUCGCUCUCUCGCAACAUUACGAAGGGAGUGAAGCGUGGUGUAGACCAGGCAAUGACGCUGCAUCUCGACCAUGAGGUGCGAAACGCGAUAGGAAACCGCAUGCGGCAAACACAAAAGAAUAUCAUUAAGAGCCGCGUCGACGAUGCAUUGCGGGAAAGCGCCACGCAGUUUGUGGCGCACGUGACGCAAACAGUGGAGAAUGUCGUAAAGCGCGAGCUUGCCGAGGUGUUUGGCAGCAUCAACGGCUCGCUCACCACCCUCGUGAAGGAAAAUGCCUCUUUGCAGAACGAGUUGAAUGCCAUCAUGUCUAGUGGUGUGGUGGAUGAAAUGCGCCGCAUGCAGAAGGAGCUGUGCGAAUUGCGAGAGACGGUUGAUAAGCAAACGAGAGAACUGGAAAAUUCCUGUCUCCGCGCCACAAACACCUAUCAGGGACCUCCACAAUCACCCGAGAUAAUUCUUGCAACAACGCAGUCACUGAUGCAAGAGAGACAGUACCUCCAAGGGCUGGAAUACCUGCUGGGAGCUCAGCAGCCCUCGCUGCUCUUGCAGUUUUUCACCACGCUUACAAAGGAGAGCGAAAACACGUACUUGGAGCUCAUUGAAACCACAGCGAUGCCUAAUGAUGUGUGGUGUAUGGUUCUGAUGCAGCUUGUAGAGGCUGCAGAGACGGAGGUUGAGAAGGAGGUGGUCGUUAGCAUCGCCAGUGAUAUUAUUGCCGAGCGUGACCAACUCCUUCAGGAUGGUGCGCACGGUGCCAAACUCACCAGCGCCCUGCGGACCUUUGAAGAGCAGGCAAAGUCGGAGACUACGAAUAGGUCGUUCCUGAAGUGCCUGAAGGGCCUGAAGAAGCAGCUGCAGGUAAAAUAA